AUGGGGAGCCAGAGCAACGACAGCCCCAUACCCACAGUGGAUGUGAGCGCGUUCCUGUCGCCCUCUGCCUCCGAGGCGGAGCGUGGCCAGGUCGUGGAUGAUGUGCGCCAUGCAUGUACAACUUACGGCUUCUUCACUCUCGUCGGGCAUGGUAUUCCGAACACACAGCUGAACCAGGCUUUCGAGAGCAGCAAGCGCUUUUUUGCACUGCCUGAGGAGAAGCGCAAGGAUGUCCACGUCGGGAAGGCCGUGGGCAGAUCCUUCAGGGGCUGGGAGCCGCCCUUCAUCCAGCAGCACAAGGGAGACCUGCUGCCUGACACGAAGGAAACAUUCAUCGUAGGCCGAGAGGUCCCAGCAGAUGAUCCUGAGGCGGGCAGCUUCCUGACCGGCCCAAAUCUGUGGCCGGAUCUCCCUCGUGAGGAGUUCCAGGAUGUCGUCCUGGCAUACCAAGCCAGGAUGGUGGCUCUUGCUAAGGUCAUCGUCCGUAUUCUGGUGCAAGGCCUGCCUGAGAAGUGGGGAUGCCCACCCGAUGCGCUCGACGGCCUGACCGUGGACCCAGCGAUCCCCAUGCGCUUCCUUCACUACGGCCCUGUCAAGGAGAAGGACCCACGCCAGUUCGGAGUCGCCGCCCAUACCGACUUCAGUGCCAUUACCAUUCUGCUGCAGCAGCCUGGGACCGAAGGCCUACAGGUGUGGUAUCCGCCUACGGAGGAUUGGAUUCCUGUACCAGUGGUUGAGGAUGGCUUUGUUAUCAACAUUGGCGACCUGAUGCAGAAAUACACGGGCGGAUAUUACCGUAGUGCCUGCCACCGUGUCAUCACUUUCAGCGACAAGGACAAGCACCGCUACAGUAUUGCCUUCUUCCUUGACGGAAACUUGCGAUUCAAGACCAAGGCACUGGAUGGUUCGGGCGAGGAGACGGAAGUCGGUGAAUAUGUCCGUUCGUGUUUGAUGGGUACUCUGGGAACUAGAGGCCCGUUACUCUAG